AAAAGCUCACAAUAAGCCAAUUCCACUGCUCAGUCUCUCUCUCUUUCUCUAAAACACACACACACACACACUAUAUUACGACUUAAUCCACCAUGAGUUCGCUGCUUCCGCUCUACACACACCUCUCAGGUGUGAUUAAAAACAUCCAUAAUAUUCGGUGUCCUCAGGUGAACAUGGAGAAGGUCAGCUGGAUUUACAGAAUGCGGGGGAGGAGGCGGGCUCUGGAGACCAUGACUCUGCUCGUUAUGAACACUAUGUGUUUGAUCCUGAUCCUGAAAAUCCUCGCGCCGGAAAACUGCGAGAAAAUCACAUCUCCGAAGUCGGUUCGUGAAGCUCCCGAGAUCACAAGUCCUACAUGCGAACAAAACUUGUCUGCCAGCAAAACUGAGGGAUUCUUUGACUACCCCUCUAUCAUCCAGGACUUCCUGUAUUACCGCCACUGCCGCCAGUUUCCCGUUCUGCUCACUCUUCCGAACAAGUGCAACAUUCCCAAGGGGUCAGGAGAACCAGUCUUCCUGCUGGCCAUCAAAAGUUCCCCUAGGAACUAUGAGCGGCGAUCGGUCCUGCGCAAGACGUGGGCGGCAGAGAGACUGCAGAAUGGCAUGUGGAUCCGCACCGUGUUCCUGACCGGCACCGCUGGGGUUGGCUUCGAGAAGAAGCGGAUAAACAGACUUCUGGAGCUGGAGAACAAGAGGCACCAGGACAUCCUGCAGUGGGACUUCACCGAUUCCUUCUACAACCUCACGCUCAAGCAGGUUCUGUUCCUGGACUGGAUGCAGACCUGGUGUCCGACCGCAGAUUUCUUCUUUAACGGAGAUGACGACGUUUUCGCCAACACGGACAACAUGGUGGAUUUCCUGAAGGGUCAGGGCGAUAACGACGGAAGCAAACACCUGUAUGUGGGACAGCUGCUCCUGGACAGCAUACCCAUCCGGGACAACACCAGUAAAUAUUUCAUCCCGGAGGAGAUCGAGGCGGCCGACGUGUACUCUCCGUACUGCAGCGGAGGAGGAUACCUCUUCUCCCGCUUCACCGCCAGGUCCAUUUACCAGAUGUCCCACUCCAUUACCCUGAUGCCCAUCGAUGACGUUUACAUGGGCAUGUGUCUGAAACAAGCCGGGCUCCACCCGUCUGACCACCAGGGCGUCUGGGCCGACGGCCUCAUGAUCCCCUCUAACAAACUGGACAUUUACGACCCCUGCCAUUACCGAGAGAUUAUCCUCGGUCACAAGUUCCUCCCUGAUCAGAUUUUCCUGCUCUGGAACGAAAUCCAUCGGAAAGAUUUGAACUGCUCAAAGACAGAGGUGAAUCUCUAAUGACUCACAGCACACAAAAGACUGAUGUUUAUUUAUUGUGAUUGAUAUUUUCUGAGAGAGACUUCACUCUGAGACACACUGGCUCCUCAGGUUUGAGCAGAACCCAGAUAAUAUGAAGUGCUGGAAUCUUUAUACCAUAAUAAGUGUGAGGAAUGUCACACGCCCUGUUCUCCUUCUGUUUCCUCUCUCUGAGUUGUGGGUCACUGCAUCCUCUGUGUGUCAUUUUGUGUAAUUAUAUUGUCUUUUCUGAAAAUUUAAAGGUUAUGUAGAUAUUUAUAUUACUGCAGCUGUGCAGAGGUUCUGUGAGGGAGGUGUGAUUUAUUACCCUCAUGUAUGUUAUUAUCAUAAAUAAAAACUUAUUUAUUGCCAGAAA